CGAAACUUCGCUUUAGCAUGACAUUUUUAUUUCCGGUUCUUUGUGUAUGAAAGUCAAAGUUGUGUUAUUGUUUUGACAGAUGCCAGCGAAUACAAUUUGAAAAUUGGUGCCUUGAAUUUCCCUACUUUGUUUUUCCUUUGUUUUGAAAGUAAUUAUUUGCGAUCGCUUGCGAUUCUGAUUAUUUGUCCUGUAUAUCUUAAUGCAAAUAUGUCUUAAGAAAGGAGAAAGUUGAAGAUUUAUUUUUGCUAGUAAGAGAUAAAUAAUUGUAAUGGACUCAAGUUCCCUUAAACCAUCUUUAGAAAAACAACUCAAAGGUCACCAAGGCGGAAUUACAGCUUUGUUUUAUAAUCCUAACGAUACACAAAUUGCUAGCAGCUCCUUGGACCAUAGUGUUUUGUUAUGGGAUCUGAGUCGGCCCAUGCGCAGUUACAGAUUCCAAGGACAUGAAGAAGCUGUAAUGGAUGUGACAUUCUCUCCACGGGGAAAAUAUAUGGCAUCUGCAUCUCGUGAUAAGACUGUUAGAUUGUGGGUGCCUACUGUUACGGGCAGUACUGGAGUAUUCAAAGCUCACUCUCAAACAGUGCGAUCUGUGCAAUUUAGUCCUGAUGGUUCACGGAUAUUAACAGCAUCAGAUGAUAAGAUAGUGAAGUUGUGGUCAAGUGAGAAGUAUAAAUUCAUUUCUUCAUUUGUUGGUCACACAAACUGGGUGCGUUGUGCUCGUAUGUCUCAUGAUGGUUCUGUCAUAGCAUCAUGUUCUGAUGAUAAAACUACUCGACUCUGGAGUCCUGAUGCUGGAAAGUGCAUACAUGAAUAUAAGGAUAGUAAAGUCUAUGCCACACAUCUAUCAUGGCAUCCAUCUGGUUGUUAUAUAGCUAUUGGAUCAUCUCAUGGAAAUGUUAUGGUUUAUGAUAUAAGAACUCACAACCUCGUCCAGUAUUAUAGCAUACACACUGAUGCAGUGACACAAUUGGCUUUUCAUCCAAGUGGAAGUUAUAUCUUGACAUCUGGGAAAGAUGGCAAAAUAAAGAUAUUAGACUUACUUGAAGGACAUCCUAUAUUUACUGUUACGGGACACAAUGGUGCUGUAAAUUCUGUCAGCUUUUCGACUAGUGGAAAUGGUUUCGCAUCGGGCGGUGAAGACAAAAUGGUUUUUAUAUGGCGUACUAACUUCACUGAGUUUGCUGAUGAAAGUAAAGAAAAUGAGGAAUGCAAUCAGCAGAAAUCAGUACCACAGAGUGCCUCACAAAAAGCGUCAUCCGCAAGAAGAAUUCAGGGUGCAAGGUUAUGGUACAAAUGCUAUCACAGCUCCAAGUAUCCUAUUGUCACAUUUGUCCAUCUCGAUGAUCCUUCAAAUAUGGAAGAACCUGUCGCAAGCAGCACAUUCUAUGAAGAAACUAAUGAAAACUUACGAAAUGUGUCUGAUCCAAUAAACAUGACAUUUGAAAGAGAUCCAUGUAAAAGUGGUACAAGAAUUGACAUGAGCUCAGAAGUUGGAUCACCAACAUUCAAUGUUGGUCAUAUAAGCCACAUACCACGCACACCUCCAAAUCCUUCCACAUACCGAGUACCAUCUGUUAUCAACUGUUCUGCUACAGAAAAUAAGGAAGAUUUAUUUGGAAUGAUAAAACUUAAGGAAACUGACAUUUGUUAUACUAGUGGAACAAUAGAGUGGGUAGGUCGCAAAAGAACAUUUCCCUUGAACACUGGGUUUAAAGUUAUCAGCGAUAACCAUAGUCCUAAAAAUGAAAAUUGUGUUAAAAGAGCAAAGAAAAAUCCACCACCAUGCAAUCUGAAUAAGAUAAAGGAGUGCGAUUGUGCUGAUGUUUUACCUACAGUCAAUGCUAUUGUUGAUCACUUAAAUGCUUUGCAUGAAGCUGUGGAUAUUGUUGACUUGAGACUUAAUACAUUAGAAGAAGUUGCUAUUAAUUAAUAAAAUAACUGUUUAUGAAAAUAAAUUUAUUAAAUACUGUACUCUGAAAAAUAUA